GCAGGUUAAGGUUAUUUGAUUUCAUUUAUAAACAAAACAUAAACAAACAAGUUCAAGAUACGUUUGCUAUAUUUUUAUUAUCUAAAACCAGUUCAAUUUUUGCGAUAACAACUAUUUUAUUAUUUAUCAAACAUUUUUCAGGUUCUGGUUAGUGUACAACGUGCCUGGAAAAAAUCGCAAUGACCGAAGAACAAAAUCUACUAGAAAACCUCCAAAUCCAGCUGGACGAGUUGGACAGCCUGCAGGCAACGUUUUACAAUCCAGGAGAAAUCAAAGUAGAGGAUCUCGCCUCAGUUCAGGGUAUCAAAGACUACAUUGCCGGCAAAACAAAAAUUUUGCCCCCUUGUCUCGACUUCACAGUCAAUCUCGUAGUAGAGGACACCAAAUUCGAGAUGUGCGUAAGUUUAGGACACGAUUAUCCGUUAUUGGAGCCGGAAAUUUUCGUCAGGAAUCAUCGGUUGAAUAGAGCGCAGCAUGAGGAACUCAAUAGGAAUAUUGGAGAAUUUUUAAGAGACCUUCCCAAAGGCGAACCUUGCAUUUUCACAUUGAUCUCCUGGUUACAAGACAACGCCACAGACUAUAUAGAAUCCAAAAUAAUUCCAACACAAUGUCAAAAAAAGAAUGAAGAAUUAGUAAGAUAUUGGAUAUACUCUCAUCAUAUUUACAGUAAAACAAAGAGGAGGGCGCUUAUAGAUUCAGCAAACGAAUUAAAUGUGUCAGGUUUUGUGAUGCCAGGAAAACCAGGAAUUAUUUGCGUCGAAGGCGACUCGUGCGACGUUGCAACAUUUUGGCAGGGUGUCAAGAGUAUGAAUUGGAAAAAGAUAUUCUGCAAGAUAACCGAGUCGAAUAAAGAAGACACAAAAUCAGCAAACUUUUUGAAAUUCAAAAACUUUGUUGAAAUAGUUUUCGAUAAUCACGGUCCCAAAUUCAACCACAUGGACAUGGGGGAGUUUAACAAAUAUCUCGAACAACACGAACUUGGUUAUAUUUUUAAAGAUAUCUUUGGCAUGGAAGAUUGCGGGCUUUGUGAUAACAAAUCCACAAAUUUUUCCACUUUAUGUUCAAUAAAUCGUUUUGAUUUUUGAGACACACCAUCAUAAUCAUCUGAAAUUAAUUUUUAAUAAUUCAUAUAUAGCCCCACGUUGUUACGCUUACCAAGAAGUAAUGGAUCUUGUUUUAAGUUUUCAAUAAAUAUAUGCAAAAGGUCUUUAGGCUCAUUUACUGAUGCAGAAAUAAUUUUUGCAAUCAUAAAUAGGUAGAUGAGUGGCAGCCACAUGGUUGUUUACUGAUAAAUCUAGCUUAGAAUUUGUUUAAACAUUUUAGAUGUUUUUUUUUUCCAAACAUUUUUUGUUACAAAUCUGAAUAAAUUACUAUUUUAAACAGAUAAUGUUCUUUGCAAGCAUGAAAAUGUCCUACCUUAGUAAAGUAAAUUACAAAUUACACAAUUUGUCAUGCUAAUAAAACAAACAUAAAUCAAUUUAUUAAAUUUAAUAUAUUAUUAUCACUAUGCCUAUGUUAACUCACAAUAUCAAUUACCACCAUAAAUUAAGUAAUUAUCACUGUAUAAAAAGUAUAAUUUUAUUUUUGUUACAUUAAAAUUAUUAGUCACAAUUAGUUUGCUUAAGUAGAAGAGGGCUUGGGAAGCGCCGCUGCAAUAAUAUCAAAAUAAUAAAUGCAAAAUACUGUGCUAUUGUGCGAAACUAUUCUAAGAAAUUGACCGGCAAUUCCUGUCAGUUCUUUUUGGAAGGCUGUCAGUCCUGUGGGUACUUUUUGCGGGGCAGCAGUGGCCGACUCUAUGAUGUCCAGAUAAAAGUCUUU